UUCUGUGUCCCUAUGGCUUUGAGUUAGUAUUUCUUAUCAUUUUUAUUAAAACUUUUUAAUAUUAACACCUUGUGUAGCAGCAGCGCUGUACUGCGCAUGCGCACUGUGUCCGCUGCCUGGGCAACUGGGCAUUAGUCGUGGGAGAAUUUAGUUUGUGUCUGUUCUGUGUGAUGGAGGGAUCGAGGCCUGAGUUUGACGUGUACGGGGCGAUGGAGUGGAGCGACGGCGUGGGAACUCUCCCCGGCAGCCAGCUCAAGUUUCGUGUAAAUGAAUUUGGGGUGCUGGAGGUCAUAACUGACACGGGAGAUGAGGAAGGGGUUAAAAAGGCUCAUGCUACCACCACAUGGAGUGUCCCGACAGCAGAGGAAGCUCUUUCAGUUGAGGUGCAUUGUGCUAGCGUGAGUGUCUGUAGUAACAGGAAGGACUCUGCUCCCCACUUCCUGUCUGACGGACAGCACUGCACCAACGGCUGCCUCCACUUACAGCAGCAGGAAAAGAGUACAUUUGUGAAAGAAGAUUCCAGAAUCAAUGAGGUCACUCGGGUCAGCAGGAAGAGACCACACCCAGCCAAGAGAGCGGAGGAAGAGGUGGAGGAAGCGACAGAGGUUAUGGUGGAGGAUGAUGAAGACUACGAAGAGAAAGAAGGCCGGCGGCCGACUCGGGUAGGUCCACGGGGUCGCAGGAAGCGCAGAGGAGACGCAGCUCUGCUCCGUCAGCCGGUUUCAUACAGAGGGAGGAAGAAAUCGUGGUGCUGGGCUUCAUAUCUUCAGCAGGAGAAAGCUAUUGCUGCUCCCUGUAAACUGUUUAAAGAGCACCAGUCCUUCCCUCAGAGUAAGAACGGGUUCAGAGUGGGUAUGAGGCUGGAAGGCAUCGAUCCUCUUCACCCCUCCAUGUACUGCGUCCUCUCCGUCGCCGAGGUAUCCGGAUACAGAAUGCGACUGCACUUUGAUCAUUACUCAGACUGCUAUGAUUUCUGGGUGAACUGCAACUCUGCUGACAUUCACCCUGUGGGCUGGUGUGAGAAAACAGGACACAAGCUACAUCCGCCUAAAGGAGUGAAGAGCGACGAGUUCAGCUGGUGUUUAUAUCUAAAGACGAAUAAACUGCAAGCGGCACCCAAACCUCUGUUCCACAACCAACACACUACAGUCACACCAUUAGGUUUCAGGGUGGGGAUGAAGCUGGAGGCGGUGGAUAAGAAGAACCCGUCGCUCGUCUGCGUCUCCAGCAUCAGGGACAUGGUGGACAACCGUCUGCUCGUGCACUUCGAUGGCUGGGACGAGAGUUAUGACUACUGGUGUGAUGUGACGAGCCCGUAUAUCCAUCCGGUCGGCUGGUGUCAGGAGAAUGGCAGAACCUUGACCAUGCCUCCAGGUUCCUGCGACACUGAGAACUUCUCCUGGGAGAGGUAUCUGGAGGAGACGAGCUCAUUAGCCGCGCCCGCCAGGUCCUUUAAAGCGAAGCCUCAGCACAGUUUCCAGGUGAACAUGAAGCUGGAGGCGGUGGAUGUGAGGAACCCCAUGAUGGUGAGAGCAGCUACAGUGGUGGAUCGAGACGAACACAGAGUAAAGAUCCACUUCGACGGCUGGACGGACGAGUAUGAUUACUGGUUGGAUUCAGACAGCCCAGACAUCCAUCCUGCGGGGUGGUGCACCAAAACCGGACACGCCCUACAGACGCCAAUCAGCCUGGAUGAUACAAGUGAGUCAGAGCAAAGUGGAUGUCCUACACCUGGCUGCAGUGGAGUCGGACACAUCAAAGGAGCUCGCUACUCUGGACACCACAGUUCCAUUGGCUGUCCCUACUCCGAUAUCAACAUGAAGAAGGACUCGGUUUUGCCCGAUCGUUUGAGUGGAGAGAUGCCGGGUUCUGGAGUGGGGCGACAUCGCCGAGCGGAACCGAACCCUGAGCGGCCUGCACACGGUUCCGAUAAACCUGCCAGUCACCUGGACAAGGCCAACACGGCAACCAUCACCAUGGAAACGCUGCAUCAGAAGCGGGUCGGUACGGAGUCCAAACGAAGGGUCGGGCGGCCGUGCAAGGUGAAAAAAGCGGAGGAACCACCAGAGGAGGAGGAACAGGAGAGCGAGGGGUCACCUGGCGUAGGGUCUAAAGAGCUGACUCUGCCACAGGCCCUGCAUCAGUCUGUAUUCAUGCCAUGCUCCGCCCCAUCUCCCAGCAUGCCUCACUGCUGGGACCAACACAGUAAACUCCUUCCCUCAGUGGUGGGCAUCACAGCCAGUAAAGUGGCCACCUGGACUGUGGAGCAGGUGACAGAGUUCAUCCAGGGCCUCCAGGGAUGUAAGGAGCAAGUGCAGACUUUCAGAGAGGAGCAAAUCGACGGCGAGGCUUUCCUGCUCCUCACCCAGACCGACCUGGUGAAGAUCCUGAGCAUGAAGCUUGGUCCGGCGCUCAAGAUCUUCAACUCCAUCCUGAUGUUCAAGACUGCAGAGAAGUCUGCCUGUAAUGAACUCUGAACCUCAGGCUACACACCAGGUUGUGACUUUCACUCGUAUCCUACAUUCUGGGAAACCAAGCCAGAAGCACACACCUGAUGAUGAUGAAGAUGAUGAUGAUGAUGAUGAUGAUUGUUUUGAUGAAGCACUACUAAUUACACCAAACCUUGCCCCAUGAUGUUGGUGUGAUUUUAAUGUAAGCCGCCUGCACUGAAAAGCAAAGCAUUUAUUUAAUUAAUUUAUUUUGUUUUUACUUAAAUAGACCUGAUGACCUUCUUCAGUUCUUCAGGAUUCAGAUGUGUAGAUUUAAACUACGCUAGUUUUUACUCGAAUGUUUAAUGUUAACAUUCAACGUUUUACUAAACCUUUGAACGUUGUUAGAACGUGUGUUAGUUUGGUCAUUUGUUUAGAAGGACAGGUGAAGGUGAAGAGUUAACGCCUCAGACAGGUGAAAGUGAAGCGUUAACGCCUCAGACAGGUGAAGGUGAAGAGUUAACGCCUCAGACAGGUGAAGGUGAAGCGUUAACGCCUCAGACAGGUGAAGGUGAAGCGUUAACGCCUCAGACAGGUGAAGCGUUAACGCCUCAGACAGGUGAAGGUGAAGCGUUAACGCCUCAGACAGGUGAAGGUGAAGCGUUAACGCCUCAGACAGGUGAAGGUGAAGCACUAACGCCUCAGACAGGUGAAGGUGAAGCGUUAACGCCUCAGACAGGUGAAGGUGAAGCGUUAACGCCUCAGACUGGUGAAGGUGAAGCACUAACACCUCAGACAGGUGAAGGUGAAGCGUUAAUGCCUCAGACAGGUGAAGGUGAAGCGUUAAAGCCUCAGACAGGUGAAGGUGAAGCGUUAAUGCCUCAGACAGGUGAAGGUGAAGCGUUAACGCCUCAGACAGGUGAAGGUGAAGCGUUAACGCCUCAGACAGGUGAAGCGUUAACGCCUCAGACAGGUGAAGGUGAAGCGUUAACGCCUCAGACAGGUGAAGGUGAAGCGUUAACGCCUCAGACAGGUGAAGGUGAAGCGUUAAUGCCUCAGACAGGUGAAGGUGAAGCGUUUUGCACUAGCGCUGAGUAGCUGCUUCAUGCUAACAGUAGUAACAUGUAUGAGAUUUGAUUCAUUGAGUUUUUUAUUAUAGCUACAUGAAUUCGGAUGAAAUGUGAACUUUAUGCAGCUUUUAUGGUACGAGACUUUAAGCCCCGCCUCCUAGUAAACGAUGAGCGGUUUUUACUUUUCAUGUCAUUGAGUUUAUAAUUUCUUUGUAAAGCUCUUAUAGCACAGCGAUGAGCACCAUGCUUACCUUUAACUUUAAUUUAUUACAGAAUGACACUUUGUACAUUUUAUCCAUUUACAGUUAUGUUUAAUGUUGUGAAACAUCUGUGAAACAUCUGUGAACCCUGUUAGCAGCUCUGAACACGCUCACUCACCAGCGGCGGCGCUGUUCUCUCAGUUAAAGCUAAUAAAAAUAUUAACCUCUGUA